CCUGACAUUAAGCCGUCUGCACUGCCAAUUGUUUGCUCACUUUUCGUGGGGCCACUCUGAGGUUCUUCUACUUCAGCACAAAGCAUUUGAGCAACUUGCUGUGAAUUUGCAGUAUCGUGAGCCGUCUAGCGAUACCUUUCAAAGUCUGAAAGCAAAGCUCCAUACUUUGUGUGCUCCUUGACUGUCUACACAGUCCUCUUGAAAUCAAUCAAUUCAAGCCAUCGUCAACCGAGAACAUCAUGUCAGGCCGUCAGGACAUCGAGGACUCAGUUGCCGCUGUUCCCGCCAAUAGCGGAUCUCCGGAGGCUCAGAACACCGGCGGUGCAACUGUUGAUCACGGCACCGGCCAGAAGCGCAAGGAAGCCCCGACCACUGCAGGCGCGUCCACUAAGAAGCAGCAAAAAGCAAUCGAGAACCGCGCUAUCUAUGCGUCCAACAUUCCUCGCGACGCCACUUUCGAGGAAAUCGAGGAGACGUUCAAGAAGGCGGGGAUUAUCGAGAAGGGCGUUGACGGCAAGCCCCGCAUCAAGAUGUAUACCGAUGAGGACGGCAAGUUCAACGGCGACGUGCUCAUUGUCUACUUCAAGAAGGAGUCGAUUGAGCUGGCCAUCAUGCGCUAUGAUGGUUGGCCUUUCCGCCUCGAUGCGCAGAAAUCGGAGGGUGUGAUCAAGGUCGAGGAAGCGGACAUGUCGUUCAAAAAGAACACCGAUGGCGAGGUUGUGAAGAGCAAACUUGUCCGCAAGGACCGCAAGGCCGCCGAGCGUACUCGCGCAGAACUCAAUCGGAAACUCGCUGAAUGGUCCGAGGACGAGGAGGAGGAGGUGCAGAAGGCCUUUGCGCCGAAAAAGAACAAAUGGUCCAAGUACGUCAUCAUCAAGAAGGCCUUUACUUUGGCCCAGAUCAACGACAAGGAGGAUGAGGGUGCUGUACUCGAGAUCAAGGAGGACAUGCGUGAGGCCGCCGAGAAAUUCGGAGAGGUCACCAAGGUCGUCCUGUAUGACAAGGAGGCCGAGGGCAUCCUGACUGUACGAUUCAAAGAGUUCGAAGGCGCCGAGGCUUUCGUGCUUGCGUUUGAUGGGAAGGGCUACAAUCACCAGAAGCUUCAGCUCAGCAUUGCCGACGAUCGCCCACGCUUCCAGAAGUCCGGUAAGGAGGAUACCUCAGACGUUGAGGACAACGUUCGCCGUAUGGAGGCCUACAUGGACGGCGACAAGACGGAUGAGGACGACGAGUAGAAGUCCUUCUGAGCCGUCCAGUCAGUCCCACUACUGUUAGUCUUGCAGCCCUCUGUGAGCUCUAUUACAUUACGCCUCGGUACACAGUCCCCGGCUCUUGAAUAUUUCCACGCACUUCGGUGCCUGUUCAUGAUACCCGUAUGACAAUUAAGUCAUUGAUUUGGAUCGGGAGUAAGGGUGUUCAUGUCCUCGAUUCUGGGAAAGAGUUGAUUGUCAAGCUCAGAAAGCAAAAGCAUCUUCGACAAUCUCAACCAAAUGAUGCAUGUGAUGUGU